AUGAGUGGUUACGAUAGGGCGUUGUCUAUAUUCUCGCCGGACGGGCACAUUUUCCAAGUGGAGUAUGCGCUGGAGGCCGUGAAGCGUGGUACCUGUGCUGUUGGUUUGAAAGGGAAGGACUGUGUAGUGCUGGGGUGUGAGCGUCGGUCGACGCUGAAGCUGCAAGACACCAGGGUUAUUGCGUCGAAGGUGUUGCCCAUCGACUCGCACCUGGUGCUCUCGUUCGCGGGCCUGAAUGCGGACUCCCGUAUCCUUGUGAACAUGGCGCGUGUGGAGGCACAGAGCCACAGAUUGACGCUGGAGGACCCCGUGACAGUCGAGUACAUGGCCCGCUACGUCGCCGGCGUGCAGCAGAAAUACACCCAGUCCGGAGGUGUGAGGCCCUUCGGUGUCUCGACGCUGAUCGCAGGGUUCGACCCAAGGGACACAGAGAACCCAAGACUGUACCAGACAGAGCCCAGCGGUAUCUACUCCUCCUGGUGCGCACAGGCCAUCGGCAGAAACAGCAAGACAGUGAGGGAGUUCUUGGAGAAAAACUACAACAGAGAAGAGCCACCAAGCAAUAAAGAAGAGUGCAUAAGGCUCACAGUUAAAGCACUGCUGGAAGUCGUGCAGACCGGUGCCAAGAACAUCGAAAUCACAGUGGUCGAGCCAAACAACCAAGUGAGAGCACUAACUAACGAAGAAAUUGCCAAGUACGUCGAAACCAUAGAACAAGAGAAACAGCAAGAACAAGAACGGAGAAAGGCCAAAUCCCAGGAAUAG